GUAACUUCGGUGAAUAUAGCUUAUAUAGCUCAGAAUUUACUGUAGUGCGGCCAGCGACAGGUAAAAGAUGUUGACAUUCUACUAAAAUAUCCACACAAAGACAUUAAACUGAUCGUUCUUCCCAGCGUUGAUGGAGUAAGUCGGAUGUAACAAGGGGAAAGCAACAUCUCUCGGACUGAAGUGGUGAGAGUCUCUUCGCGGAGAGCGUCACUUUUUUUCACCCCAACAAAGACUGAGAUGUGAACGACAACGGACAAUUUCCUGAAACUGGAUUCCUUUAUUGCUCAUGAAAAAGUCUCCAUGUCGCGUUAAAAGGUUGUGUUGGCUGCUCCAAUACUAUUCCCGAGAACCUUGUUUGUAAACGUUACUUGACCUUCCUCAGCUUGCCACACAGGCUUCUGUUAUAUAAAGGACUGUACGCAUUCAUAUUUCACUGUGGUUUUACAUGAAAAAGUCCGUGUGCCAUGGAGCAGCUGGAGUGUCCCAUAUGCCUGUUUGUUCUGUGUGAACCGGUAACAGUGAGUUGCGGUCACUCGUUCUGCCGCCGGUGCCUUACGGGAAUCUGUGUACCGUCCAGAUGCCCAGUCUGCUUGGAGAGACUAAAGCAGAGGGACGUAAAAAACACAAAAAACAACGUUUUGCUCUUCUGUAUAAUUGAGAAAUAUUGCCCUGAGGAAACCAAGACAAGAUGCGAAAUACAGGAGACGCUGACGGCUCGCGACUUUACGAAAGCACUACGGAUGGUUGAAGACAGGAUAGAGGCAGGUAAAGUUUUUGAUGAUUUGAGAAUGAAAGCAUGGAGGGCAGAGGCCAACAUAGGGCUCCGGCGCUUUUCCGAAGCUCUCCGUGACCUGGAAGAUUUGUGCUCUGCCAGGCCCAACUGGGCUGAGGCUUUCUUCCAAAAAGGGAAUGUGCUGCUGGAGAUGGGGAGACUGACUGAAGCUCUCAUGCAGUUCCAUCACUGUCUAAAACAACAACCUGAAUUUGCUGCUGCUAAGAACAAGAUUAGGAAGAUCUUGGAGAUGGAGGGUAUGCCCACACCAGAGGAGGUGCCCCAGAUCCUGCAAAUUGUGAAUGACUAUCUUAGAAACUGCAGUUCACAAACUAAUACUUUUGGUUAUUCACCAACUGAGGGCCUGAAGUUACCCUGGAACCAACUGGACAAGAAGUUUUACUGUGAGCAGCAGACUACAUCUCAAGUCAAGCACAACUCCAAUACUGAGUGCUGCUUUAGCCUGUGCCAGCCUGUGUCUUUCCUUUCCACAGCCCAAGAGAGUGAGGAUGUGAUGGUAAAGAAGGAGGAUAUACAGAUGAGAGUGGACUGGCAGACAUCCCCCCUGACUGUAUCUGACUUUGAGUGCCCCCUCUGCAUCAGGCUGUUUUAUGAUCCAGUUACAACACCAUGUGGCCACACAUUCUGCAAGAACUGUAUUGAGAGAAGUCUUGACCAUAACCUCCGCUGUCCACUCUGUAAACAAGCACUACAGGAAUAUUUCAAGAAUAGGAAGUACAACCCCACGGUUCUGCUGCAGGAGAUUAUUACCCGACUCUUCCCCCAGCAGCUGGCUGAAAGGAAACAGGUGCAUGAUGCUGAGAUGGCUGAGCUUUCCAAUUUGACCAAAGACAUUCCAAUCUUUGUGUGUACUGUGGCCUGCCCGGGUAUCCCAUGCCCACUGCAUGUUUUUGAGCCACGCUACAGGCUGAUGAUGCGUCGAUGCAUAGAGACCGGCACCAAGAAAUUUGGCAUGUGCAACUAUGAGCACGGCAAAGGGUUUGCAGAUUUUGGCUGCAUGCUGGAGAUUCUGGACCAGAAUGUGCUCCCUGAUGGCCGCUCUUACGUCGAAACAGUGGGAGGAAGCCGAUUCCGUGUGCUCCGGAGAGGCCAGCGGGAUGGCUACCACACAGCAGACAUUGAGUACCUGCAAGACCAGAAGGCACAUGAUGCUGAGCUUGAAAUGCUGCAACGCCUCCAUGACAGUGUGUAUCAGCAGGCCAGGGAGUGGUACCAACGACUCAAUAGCCGCAUCCGGGAGCAGAUCAACCACCAGUAUGGAGAUAUGCCUGAGAGAGAGGAUAACAUUCAGGCAUCUGCUGAUGGUCCAGCCUGGUGUUGGUGGCUGUUAUCUGUGCUCCAGUUAGAUCCAGCCUAUCAGACAACAGUUCUGUCUCUUACCUCACUGAAGGAUCGAUUAGGACAUCUGCGCAUUGUGUUGGAGUACUUUUCUCAGAGAUAGGGGAGACACACACACACUGAGGACCUUCCAAUUACAUAAUUUGUAAUGCAGCUUAUGAAUGCUAUGCCCACACCUUACCAAAAGGAAGCAUUUAGCUCUUAUAGCUUUUUAUAUAAAAACUGUAGUUUUAAAACACACACACACACACACACACACACACACACACACACACCUUUGUGUCCUUCUUGGACUGCCUUAGAGAAAGAGAACAUUUUUGCUGUAUUGUAUUUUUGCUAUAUGUGGUACAUAUGAAGCUUAUGGGACGAAGAAAGGCCAUGUUUAUUAUUAGCAUAUUGGGUUUUAGCAUGGCAUUUGUUUAUAUUUAGGGGGAAAUUAAAUGUUUAUAUUAGAAAGAAUUGUGAGCAGGUGCAAAAAAAUUCUAUUUAUUGCAAACAAUAGCAAUAAUUGCAGGAGUGGGCUUUAUUGGUCAGAAUUUCUUUGGGAUGCCGGGAAUGGGAUUAAAUAAACAAAACCCUGUACACCUAUAAUUCACACUGGACAAACAUAUACAGGAAUAGAGUGUGAAGGAAUCAUUAAUGCUUGCCUAUCGAAAAAGCUAAAAACUUGACCAUGUACAUACAUCAUUUUAGAAGUCUUGACUCAAAUAAGUGAUACCCUUUGCAAAAUGAGAUGUCACCUGCUACAAGAAUGCUUUCUUAUGUAUUUAUGUGUAGUGACAUUCUUAUUAGAAUUGAACUGUCAAAAUAUGUUCAUUUUUAAUGCUGCGGAAUAAUGCUGAAUCCUAAAUAAAUCCUCAAAAAUUA